AUGUCGUUCGAUGCUGAAGGUUUGUACCUUGUGAGACGUUUUAGUGAACUUACUCGCAACGAAAAGAUUGCCGAGCCACUUUCCCAAGGACUUGCGGAAAAAUUAGAUCAUGACAUUGAACGGGAGAGGAAGGGGAAGUAUUUCUACAAGGAGGUGACUCAAAAAACAAAGAAGGUCAACCAAAUGACAAGAAAUUACGGCCAUGAUCUAUACUCUGAAGAACUCUCAGUAGCAUGGAGAAACCUCGAAGACAAGCUCAAGCUGGAUAAAUCUGGGGUGCCAAUCACGAGUGGAAAUAAUGGCACGGAUAUUCUGCUUUUGACAAUACAGCUUCAACAAGAUAUUUUGCAAAAGAAGCAAGAGUCCAAGGGUGCUAAAGUCAAGACUUUCCUAAAAAGAACUGUACAAAGUCUAGAGAAUCACAAGUAUCUCUUUGCAUUGCUACCGAGUGGGGACAGGUAUACCAGCGUAUUCACUGGCGCCUUCUCUGCCUUGGUCAAGGCAAGCGUAACUAAUAGCAAAAUCGCGGACGAGAUAUCUGACGCAUUGGACGAUAUAUCGGACCAAGUCCGAUCUUUUGGAAUUGCGGCUGCCACCACACGAUAUCAAAGAUCUACAUACAUCAAAUGCCAUAUAACUGAAUUUUAUAUCCAGCUUUUUGACUUCCUUGAAGUUAUAAUUCGUGAAUGGUAUCAAUCGUCUUGGAAACGCUUUUCGAAAUCGCUUGGUCGUUCAUUCUUAGAAGAAACCGUUCAAAAGACAGUUCAAAGGUUACAGACAUAUACGACUCGAGUCGCAGCAGAAGAGAGACACAUAUCUGAAGAGCAGAAUCGUAUGCAAUUAUUGCAGAUUGGAAAUAUGGUGCAAAAGCUUUUACUGGACAUUAAAGAACUGAAGGACAGAUUAAACGAGAUCAGUCCCCCAACCACACCAGAAUCGAAAUGGCAAAGGGGUUUCGGUGGGGCUUGGAAUCAUUCAGGCGUUCAUAGUAAUAGCCUCAACUCUUCAUUAGAUUCUAGCCCUCGCUGGUCGAAAAGAAGUAUGCUUGAAGACAGCGAAUUUCUUCGUCAAUAUGUACAAGCUUCUGUUGAUGUCGACAGAUUGAUUGUGAUGGGCCAAUCCCUAGUAGUCAAUGCUAAUAUCUCGACACGUAUCCGACAGUGGAUCAUAGCACCUUCGUCUAGAAUUCUGUGGAUUGAAGGUCCACAUGGCGUAGAACAGCCUAGCCAAAACGCUUUCGUAUCGGCUUUUGUUUUGAGGAAUCUUCGGCUUACUCAUGUUCCAGUGAUGGCCGAGUUCUGUCACUAUGAUGCAAAAGAUUGGAGGACGUGGAAUCCAGCAACCGAACUUCUCAAACUUGUCUAUGGUCUUAUCGGACAAACUAUAAAUAUGAUGGAGGAUGAUAUUGAGACAGAUGGAACAUGUCCUGAUUUCUCCGCCGAGCGCUUCCAAAGACUGAAAGAGAAUACUGACGCACUACCAGCGGCAAUCCAGUUGUUAGCAGAUCUAAUUUCAGUCGGACCAGCUCUAAAGUUUUGCAUUAUCGAUGGUUUGGAGAUAUUCGAUGGGUUUGAAGGGAGUACGCUGCUCAUGAAGAGUUUCAAAGACCUGAUUGCCCUUGUAUGUAAAUGUGUUGCUGCAAAGUCGUUCCCAGGUCGAGAACGAAUUUUCAAAGUACUUUUCACAACCAAUGGUUUUGUGAGAGAGCUCGCAGAUUGUCAUGAUGCGGAAUCUUUUGUGCGAUUAACUUAUGACGACGAGGAAGAAGACGAACUUCUUACAUAUCCUUGA